AAUCAAUCAAAACUGAAUGAAAACUGUGAGUUUCGUUGUUUGUUUUAUAGGUUUUAAAAAUGGCUUGUCGUAUGCUACACAUUUGUAGAGUUGUAAAUAAUUCAAUAAAAAAUGUUCAAUCUAUAAACAAUGGUAUAUGUAAUUUAUUGUUUGUCAAUCACUCACAUUUGUUAAAAACACACGUCCCUUUAUUAAAUAAUACGAGAAAUUCUACAUUCUUUGUGAAUAAAACUGGAGAUGAAUUAUGGAAGGGUGUGACAAGUGUCAGUAAUGCAGGAAGACGCAGAGGUAGAGGAAGAGGAGUAGCGAAAAAGAGAGAUCUAAACAAGGGGCAAAUUAUUGGAAUGGGAAAAAUUCCGAUACAAUUUCCUGGCCUAAACACUCCUGUGUUUAGAGGAAAAGAAUUAGUUCAACAGCAAAAACUGUCUGUAGAUCCUGAAAGAAAGCAAAAACUUAUAGAAUUUCGACAAAGUCAGACCAGACCAAUGCGAGUAAAAUUAUCGCCAUUGGAACGUGGUUGGACUAGCAGCAAAAUGGGCGGCAGAAAGAUUGGACCACCUGAUCCUAUUGAAGAAGAUACUUUUGAAGGUUUUGAAACCUGGGUUUUGGAAAACAAAAUGAUAACUUGUAUGACUGGUAAUUUAGGACGCAAGAAUAGAGUCAGUUCAUUUGUAGUAACUGGAAAUGGAAAUGGAUUAGCUGGAUUUGCAAUAUCAAAAGCACCUGUAGCUAAAGCAUCCUUAAAGACGGCUAAAAAUAGGGCAGGUCAAAGACUAAUGUAUAUUCCUAGAUAUAAGGAACACACUGUGUUGCAUGACUUCUUUACACAGUUUGGGAGUACAAAAAUAUUUGUAAAAAAAAUGCAUGAAGGAUAUGGGCUUGUCUGUCAUCGUGUGAUAAAAGCGUGUUGCGAGGCAAUUGGCAUAAAGGACAUAUAUGCCAAAGUAGAAGGAGCUAAAAAUGUAAAACAUACUGUAAAAGCAUUCUUUAUUGGUUUAUUGCAACAGAAAUCAUAUCAACAAUUAGCAGAAGAAAAACGGUUGCAUGUAGUCGAGUUUAAAGCAGAAAAUGGGAAUUAUCCAGUAGUACUUGCUUCACCAGCGCAAGUCAGAAAACCAAACGAAGUGCCAUCCAAUGAGCCUCUCGAUUUUACUCAAUAUGUAAUGGGCAAUAGAGUGGUAUUGAAAAAGAAGAAAUUACCGCCAUUCUUUACUAAACUUCCGUCUUACAAAAAGAGAUUGGUAAAACUUGAACGAACAAGAAACUCCGAUGAAACAAGAAUACAAUUACUAGCGAAAUAUGGAAAGCUGCAUAGUUUCCUGACCGAAAAAUAUCCAGAGGCACAAUUACUUUGUAAGCGAAAGCCACGCGAAGAUGAAACAGUAGAAUAAAGAAGUCGUAUAAUUAUUAUACUUUUAUGUAUAAACGUUUCAAAAUGAUCUAAAAUAU